GUGCUGCUCGCGGCGGAAGUGCGGCGGGCGGAAGCGGCGGCCGGGCGGCCUGAGGCUGAGGGAUAUAUAUCAGAAGAAACCAAAAGCCACCUGGAAUAGUUCCUGAAUGAGAUUUUAUUUCUGUUUGCUGCUGUUUGGAAGAGGGAUAUCCUCUGGCUCAGUUCAUGCUAUAGACAAAAGGCAAUAUCCCUGGAGGAAGGCUACUCCUAUAAAGAACAUGAAAACACCAGUGGGAAAGCAGCAGAGAGAAAAGAAAACCAAGAAUCACCUUCCACAGAGUGACUAAACGAAGUUAGAAGGAACUCUUUGAUUAACAGCGUGGACCAGGGAAGGGAUUAAAAUGCUCUGGUUUCAAGGAAAUAGCCUGCAGAUUGCCAAAUCCUCCUUUGGACUCUUGCGAAAUCUCUCUGCUUCUAACACCCUUCUGCCUGUGCUGACCUUAUUCACAAAGGAUCCAUGCCCGCUCUGUGAUGAAGCCAAAGAAGUCCUCAAACCGUAUAAACACAGGUUUAUUUUACAGGAGGUGGACAUUACACUUCCAGAAAAUUCUACUUGGUAUGAAAGGUAUAAGUUUGACAUCCCCGUCUUCCAUUUGAAUGGCCAGUUUCUGAUGAUGCAUCGAGUAAAUACCUCAAAGCUUGAAAAGCAGCUUCUGAAACUUGAGCAGCAGGUGCUGGAGACAAACUGAUGCCUCAUGGUUUCCACCUUCUCUGUCAGAAGGCAUCUGCCUGAGGGUAUGGCUAGGGUCUUUAAUUUCCUCAUCACUAUCACAGUGCCCUUAUGAUGGUAUCACAUAAAUAUGUUGCCAUUACUCUUCUGAUUGAUGCAAAUACCCACAUGAGAACAGUUUACUUAUGGGCAUUUUGUAAACUGGGAGCACAUUGUGUGGAGGGGAAAGCUGCAGGGAGGGAGAGGUCUAUUUGUUGACUUUAUUUUUCCCUUGCCUGUGAAUGUGGAAGCCCUUGUCAUGCACUGAGCAGUGUCCUGAUGGGAAGAAGGCACUGCAGUCUGCCGCUAAGCAGUCCUGGAGACUAACUUGUAAUGGAGUAAAUGCUCUCCCCCUCAGUAAAGUGAAGUGUGAAUUGUUAAUAACUGUGCACAGUCAAUAAAAGGUUUUUUAGCGAA